AUGACCACGCUUACUGCCCCUUCUUUUGACGAUUACUAUGACUUGACCUCGGAUGAAGAGGCCCUCCUCGUCGACCUCGCUUCCAAGAUUGCACCCGCCCCACCUGUGAAAGCGGUUUUAUCGACCACGACCUCCGUCUCGGUGCAGAGUUCCUCUGCGAGUGCGACGAUCGCCCAGGGCCAUGUGGCACGGAAGUAUGAGUCCGCCUGUGUAUCGUCUGUCUCCGUAUCUACGACGGCCACAGCUUCCAAUCUUGAGCAAUUUCCCGGCGCAUUCCCUGCCUCACAAGAACAGACCCAACCCCAAAAGGAUGGUGUCGUCUACCCAGAUCUCACCCGCAUCCUAGCUACUCUUCCUGUGCAAAAGGACCCCGAGCCGCAAAAAGAGCGAACCGCCCCCAAGCAGGAAAAGAGCGAUGAUUCGGACAUUGAAGAACUAGGAGCAAGAGACUUGUUCAGAGAUGAGCGGUCACCGCUGCUACGAUUCCGCACAUUCCCCAAGAAGCCGUUUUCGAAAAACCAAGACGGCCAUCAUGAGACAGGGAUCGAGGGUUCACAAAAGCUGGAGGACCAGGUGCACACUACAGUCCGCAUUGACGUCGACACCAAAGAGGACCUGUUUGGGCUCAAACUAUGGAACUUCAUCCAGGGGCUCAGGACGCUACGGGAUACGGGAUUGACCCGGGAGCUCGAGGUGUGGGGCAUGAUUGACGGGCAUUUGUGUACCGGGAUCAUCGACAGCCUCAGCUACAGUUGCCCCAACUCGGAUUUUGAAGAAGAAGUCAUCUCCAGCAGUCAGGAGUCAUGCCAGGACAAUGGAGCCGCCAAGGUGCGCCAGACCUCGUCUCGGAUCGUCUACCUCUGCGACGUAAAGACUAGAGGCAAGCCGUAUCCGCCCAAGGGAUCAGCCAUGCUACGGCCAGUCAAGAUCCAACUUUUUCUCUAUUACAGAUUCCUCGCCGAGAUGAUCAAGGGAAACCUUGAUUUUUUCAGGGUGUUUCGGCGUCUCAACGUGGACCCGGACGAAGACUUCUCGGACGAAUUUAUCGCGCAGGUGGGCGGCCUCCACGACGAGGUUUUUUACGACGCAGAUCCCGACAGCUCGCAAGAGAGCAACGAUGGCGGUGAUGGCCCGUCUUCGGACCUGAUCAAGUAUCGCACUCUCCGCGAGCUUCUGCCCCUCCUUUGGGAAGAGGUUCGUCUCACCUUUUCCGACGGUGUCGACUCGCUCGGCCUACUCUUGUCCGUUGACUACCGGUUCAGAGACGACGGGAGCAUCAUUGGGAGCUACACCUUCCCCAUGGAUGACAAGGCGCUGGAUCUCCACAUCGCAGCAGAUAUGCAGUGGUGGAAGGGCGAGCGGCAGCCUGUUGGCGUUGACAUCGAGGACGCUUUCAAGUGUCGGUUUUGCGAGUUUCGGGACAAUUGUUCAUGGACGGCCAGGAUCAAUGAGGAAAGGCUCGUGAAAGCUAGGGAGAAGAUUCGAAAUGGUGGCGGCGGUGGCCACUCUUAUUAUUGA